AUGCGCACUGAAAAAUAUGAUCACAAUUAUCCUAAGCGCCUUAGUGGUUUCUUUAUUUAUCUACUAGAUGGCGCUUGUCGCAGAAACGCGCAAACUGCUUUGUGUCAUCAUGCUGAUCAUCGCAAAAUUAGGUUAGGCUCUUGGUUCCGAUAUCGUUCUGUGAAUUUUCACAGUAAUCGAACGCUGUUGAUUAUAACGCACUUCAAAAAGUUUGGAACAUUAUUGACGAUAAACCGUGAUUCAUCUAUUAACGGUGCAUCUGUAGAUGAUGUACCUCUAAAUACUAAUAGCGAUGUAUUUACAAUAAAGACACAUUUUGGUAGUGAUAACAAUGACGUUCACGUAGCUGCCAGAUACAUAGCACAACGAAUUGACAUUGAGAAGCCAUUAUUCUUGUCAAUAGCAUUAAAGGAUUAUAACAUAGAGACUCUAAAAGCUAUUGUCACUGCCAUAAAUCAGAUAAAACCGUGGUAA